GCAGUAUUGUGGAACAUGGACACAGUCGGCCAGCUAGCGAGCUAAUCUUUAAUCUUUCAAAUCAAACUUUGGAGGAAAUAUCAGUCUUUCUGUCGAGCCUUUAACACAGAGACUGCUGAAGGAUGAUUGACGACUUUGAGACUAAAGAGGUCCUCACCAGCGGGGAGCUGUGGUCCCAAAUCUGCUCCAGCCUGCCGGAGGUGCAAGCUGAGACAACCCCGGAGAACAACAACACCGAGUUUAACGACUCUUUCCAGCCGGCUGCACAAGUCGGAGUGCAGGUCAAUGGACAGUCCAAUGGGACAAAUGGCAAUUCUCCCGGUGCCAAGUGGGAACCCAUGGAGGAUUCAGAGAUCUACAUCGCCAGUUUAGAGAACCGCCUGAAGAAACUAAAGGGCCAGUCCAGUGAUGUGACCUCCAGGGACAUGUUACGCUCCUUGUCUCAAGCCAAGAAGGAAUGCUGGGAUAGAUUCCUGCAUGACGCACAGACUUCAGAGCUCUUCCAAGGCAGUGACAUGGAUGAGGGUGCUAUCGAACACUUCAAGCGGUGGUUGAUUCCUGAGAAGGUGGCCAUCAGCGCAGAGGAGCUUGAAUAUCUCCUGAGGCCAUCGCAGAAUAUGGAACCAGCUGGAGCAAACCAGACACAGGAAGAAGAGGAGGCGGAGGGAGAGAGACACAACACUGAAGAAGAUGACUCUCACAGCCCAGAGAAAUGAAUGUGUUAAAAUAGUAACACUAAAAGAAGAACUAAUUUAGGAUGCAUUCAGUUAUGGUGACAUGCACACUCAUUUUGAGCGUCAUGUCACAGCUGUGUUUUGGCCAAAGCUUUUGUUGUCAAUGGUCAGAGAAGCAAUUACAGCCAUCACCGUCUGUAUCCUCAGUAACUGAGUGUUAAGUACUAUUUCAGUCACAUGUCUUUUGUCCUUGCUACUCAUCCUUUCAAUCACAUCACAUCAUAAAAUAUAUAAUAACAAAUUUGAAAUUAGACUUCUUUGUGCUGUAGUGGCAGAAUUAGCAUUUCGUAUGUGACUCUUACUGUAUCUGUCACAAGUAUGACUCUCCACUCAAAUAUGUAUGCAAAUGUUAUCCAGGACCACAUGCAGUAUCAUUUUGUAAAUUAGACUCACAAUAACAUAACCGAUGCAUUAAAUUUCAGAGAUGUUAUUUUUCUCUUUUAAACAAUUGUGAUAUCUAGUCUACUACUCUGUGAUAUUUUACCUGAAAAUGUUGUAACAUAUUGUGUAACAUCUUUAUUUUUGCCAUGUUGAUUUUACAUAUGAAGUUUGUUUUCUCCUUGUUUCAAUAAAAACAGGUAGAACGGA